UUAUCUGGGACACAAAGGGCCUUGAAAACUUUGUAACGUAAUAUAAAAUAUCUGACAUUAUUUUUUUCUCAAGCGUUUCCUGUUAUCCAAUCAGUACUCUAGCCUCAGUACGGUUGCCUAGCAUUGGAAGCAAGCGGGAAGUAUGGCGGCAGCAUCGGUUGCGGAGGUUUCCGCAACGAAGACUGAGGCGGUAAAGCCAUCCACGGGCGCUAGUCAAGGUUCUUUAAUUAAUUGGUCAGGCCAGGGUUUACAAAAACUAGGACCAACUUUAUCCUGUAAUGCAGACAUACAUACUUUGAUUUUGGAUAAAAAUCAAUUAAUUAAAUUGGAACACCUGGAGAACUAUAAGAACUUGAUGCAGUUGUCAGUAGCCAACAAUCGUCUAGUGCGGAUGAUGGGUAUAGCAAAGCUGACUCAUCUUCGAGUGUUAAAUUUGCCUCACAACAGUAUUGGUAACGUAGAGGGAUUAAAAGAGCUAAUGUAUCUGGAGUGGCUGAAUCUGGCAGGAAACAACUUAAAGACUAUAGACCAGAUCAGUUGCUGCACAUCUCUUCAACAUCUUGAUUUGUCAGAUAACAAUAUACCCCAAAUAGGAGAUAUCUCCAAACUUUCAUCUCUAAAGACUCUGCUGCUCCAUGGAAAUAUCAUAACUUCGCUGCGUUCAGCACCUUCUUGUUUACCUCAAGGCCUGACUAUUUUUUCGUUGGCAGAAAAUGAAAUUAGAGAUUUGAAUGAGAUUUCUUUCUUGACCUCUUUUCCUAAACUAGAGCAACUCUCAAUUAUGAACAAUCCUUGUGUGAUGGCAACACCUAACAUUCCAGGUUUUGAUUACCGACCAUUUAUUGUCAAUUGGUGUCUCAGUCUUAAAGUAAUUGAUGGAUAUGUGGUUUCUCAGAAAGAAAGCUUGAAAGCAGAAUGGCUUUACAGUCAAGGAAAGGGAAGAUCAUUCCGACCAGGCCAGCACCUUCAGUUAGUACAAUAUUUGGCCAGUGUUUGUCCUCUUACUACUAUGUUUGGACUCCAAUCAGCAGAGGAUGCCAAACUGGAAAAAAUACUACAUAAGCAAAGGUUGCAUCAGAGGCAAUUGAUGUGUCAGAGCCAUGCCAAUGAGUCACCUCUAUCCUUAACUCUGAAUAAAGAACUACUCAUUAAUAAUGAGCCAAACAGUCCUGCCCAUGUACAACAAGAAAUAACUGAAGAACGUAUUGUUAAAAAAAAUACCUGGGUUGCGACAAAAUCCAAUGAUGCCCAUUCUUAUGCAAUUAAAAAUGUUUCUCCAACUUCAUUACAAGCUGAAAGAAAUACUUUUAAGGAUUUUUACUUGGAUGAUAUACAAACUGAUGAGGACAAGUUGAACAGUAGUCUCCUAUCUUCAGAAUCUACUUUUAUGCCUGUUGCUUCAGGGCUGUCUCCAAUGUCGCCCACUUCAACAGAACUGAAACUUCAUGAAAUUGGCAUUGAUGUAGAGGAAGUGGAAGAUGCGUGCAAUACAUAUUUGGAAUUUACAAAAGAUAUUAAUAUUCAGAACAAAGAAAAGCAGAACAAUGAUUCUGUGCUUUUGGGAAAGUACACCCUCAAGUCAGCAGAUGUAGAAACUCAAAAUGCAUAUCUAGAGGAAGAUAUUUUCCCCAUUGCUUCUUCUUCAGUAAACACUGAUAUUGAACCAGAUGACAUUAGCAGUUAUCAAGUAUCCCCUGAUGAUAAUCUAAAGUUCAGUGACUUAAAACAGUCACACUCGCCUGAAGAGAAUGUUAUCAAAUGUGUUUCUGUUGCUAGCUCUCUAGAACUGUCUACUGAUGCAUUAGUUACUGUAACCGAGAAAAAAGAUGAACUUCUAGAAAUGAAUAAAGCUGCCACCAAGCUUCAAGCCUGUUGGAGAGGAUUUUAUACAAGAACAUUCCAUCCCAGAGUCAGGGAAGCACACUAUGAAAUUCGACUCAGCAGAAUGCAAGAACAUAUCAUUCAUUUAACUGAAGAAGUUCAAAAGUUAAGAAAAGAAAAAGAUGAAGAGAAACUUCAAAGACUUGUGCAAGAGGAAGCUGUCAAAUUUCUUUGGGAUCAGGUUAAAUCUAUUCAGGAAUGGCAGCUUUCAGUAAACCAACACCUAAGUAAUAUCUGGAAAAAAGAUACUCCUGCGGGUAGCAUUCUGGGUCCACAUGAAUUAUUCAUACAGUCAUCCAGACCAAAUCAAGAACCUUCUCCUAUUGAUAGUUCAACUUGGUUAGGUUCAUCUUCUGAAAAGUUUCAUCAGAAAUGUUUACAGGAAUAUCCUGAUUCAGGUUUCCAUUCCUGUGUAUCAGACCAAAAUAUCCUUAAUGAAUUGCAGAACUCUGAAAAACAUUUGACAGAAACAAAUGAAGGCUUUCUAGGAAAUUCUCUGCAAACAGUCAAGCCCUGUGAAGAUUUUCUUUCAGGAAGCCUUUCUGAUGUUAUGAUCCCAGUUGAUCACAAGGAAUAUUGUAAAGAGAGUUUGAACAAUGAUGAGAAUAAUACUCUUCUCCAAGAAUAUUUAAAAACAGUUGAGGAACUAAAUGAUUCUGAUGAAAAUACAAAUUGCAGCAAUGGAAGAGAAAGUUGUAUGACCCAUACAGCUGUUUUAUCAGAAGAAAAGGAUAUUUUAUGCAGUGCUGUUUUAGUAUCUCAGGAUGUGCUUCCAUUAGCAGAAGAAGGAAUUGAUACAUUCGAUCUAAAUGAUAAAAUGGCAGAAAAAAAGACAAACUGUGAUUCUUCAUUGCAGACACUUUCUGUUAGGCUAUCUGUAUAGCAAGCAUAGACCGACAGAAAAAAAUUUAAAAGCCACUUCAACAUUUUAUAUUAGACCAAUUUCUCUACAUUUUUUGAGAUGUGGGUCUCCUUGCUUUUAAAAAUAGCUUGUUAACAGGUUUGUUAAUCCUCUUAACGUUAGAUUUACACUCUAUUAAAUUAUAUCAAGAUAGGUUCAAAUAGACAUGGUAACUUAAAUUUCAUUUGAUUUGAUUGAAACAGAUUUUUAUGAAAUAUAAUUUUGAAGACUCUUUUAAGUACUUUCCAUAUUGCUGUUAUCAUAGCUGAAUUAAACAACUGUUUUCUCCAAGGAAACAAAGCAUGAAUUCUUAUUGUAAUAUUCAAAGAAAGAAAUAUAAAUAUUUAAUUUGAUGAAUAAGGACAGUAUGCAGAACUUUAUAUUUGAAGGCACAAACAUAGCACCUGUCUGCAACCCCCUAAGGCAGAUUUCAGGUUAAGGCGUUGAUGGCAAGUGUUAUUUUUGCAUCCCUACAUGAUCUGAAACGUAUUUUUGCCUGCUAAUCUGAAACACUAUUUGGCCCAAUGGUAACACAACAUACAGUUAAUAAUAUAAGAGAGAAUGUGUUUUAAUUAAUAGUCUGAAAAUGUAUUCUGACACAGAUACUAAAUUAUAAGCUUGGAAAUUUUGGAAAUUUUUCAUUUUUUUAACGGUGCCAGACAGUUUACUCACCAUUACUCCAAGCAUUUUCUACAAACAUGACUAUUGAAUUUCACACAGCUGAGUCCAGCCUGUUAUCCUGAGGACUAUUUUUAUGAAGUCAUUUUUCUUUGUUUCAUUUACUGGGACAGUGGGAAAAAAAAAAAAACACAAUGUAACCAAACAAACUGGCCUGAAGAGGAAGGAGAAGAGGCAACUUCUCACACUACAUUCUCAUGACGAUAGGAAUAAUUUGCCUAUUUUGCCAAGGUCAGAAUGUGUAUAAAGACAGUACAUAAUGAAUUUUAUACCUAAACCUAUUGCUAAAAUAAAAUUGCCAAACGUUAAUAUAAAUUAACAAUAUUCUGGCAUUCACGGAGAAUGCCUACAUUCUACUGUUUACCACAUAAUGAUAAAGAACGCAACAAUUCUUUACAGAAUCCACUGUUUCUAUCAGUAAAUGCUUUGUAUGUUUUCACUGCUAAUAAUAAUUGUCAAAAAUAAAUAUUUUUCUAUUCAUAAAUUCUGGAACAUUUAAAAGUUGUAACUUUGUUCCCAGUAUUAAGUAUAUAAUCAAGUACAUAUUGUUCUUGGCUUAAUGAGUCAAUUGCAACUAUUGCCUUGAGAAAUUGUUAUACCAAAUACAGGAAUAGGUUUAUUGUGUCAAAUUUAACUUCAACUUGGAGUUCUUUUUCGGACUUCAAGAGAUUAUGCUGCCAAUCUUAAAUUAGAAAACAAAAGCUGGAAAAAUGUUUUGACUGAAGCAUUGCUUAAGAGAUCUUGAAUUUACUACAACUUCCUUUUUUCAAAAUGACUCAUGGCAUUUAAAUAUGUUGGUCAUUUGCAUAUCUUUUUUAAAAAAACUUGUAGUGUUAUAGACUGCAUGUACUGUAUGUAUACAAAAUAUACAUGCUCAAUAUGUACAUGUUCUAGUAUAUAUCGGUCAUAGUGCUAUACAAUUAAUCUCUAUGUUAA